AUGACGCUCGCAGAGAUGAAAGCGGCCUACGAGAAGGCCCAAGCAGAGCUGGCCCAAGAAAGGGCCUCCAUUGAAAACCUCCAUAAGGAGCUCGAAUCCGUGAAAAGUACCAAGUAUCAAUCGCGUUACAAGCCAGGUGCAAAACCGAAGAAGUUGAUAUUCGAGAUGACUGACGACUCUGAGGACCUGUCCGACGGCGAGGAGCCACAUGAGGAAGAGGAUGAAGCAACACCGGACCCCGUCACCAAGCGCCUAAAUAAGAUGGAAAAUCACAUGAAGAAGCGAUGCUCGUUGAUGAUGAAGCUGAUGACCAAACUGCCGGGGGCACCCACGCCCGUGGAAACCGAGCCGACCGACGGGUAUGCAGCAUCGCCGUUCUGUGAAGCGAUCGCUAGGGUGACGGUACCACACCAGCUACGACUCCCUACCUGGACCACCCUGUAUGACGGAACGUCUGAUCCAUACAGACACGUCAACUUCUACAAGCAGCGAAUGUGGCAGAUCGGCAUCCCCUACGACCUGGUCGAGCCCGUCAUGUGCAAAUCCUUCGGAGGAACCCUCGACGGAGCAGCCCUGGAAUGGCUCAUGAACAUAACACCUGGAUCUAUCUUCUGCCUGUCCGACCUCAUCAACGCCUUCUACCAACAAUUCGCCAGCAGUCGCCAGUUGGAGAAACAAACAAGUGACCUCUAUCGGACAGCCAUCGAAGCAUUCAAGAGGGAUCUCGUCCCCAACUCGGAGCUGUAUCGGGAACUAACCAAAUAUCCCUGUGCAACCUUCGAAGAAGUCAGAUCGAGGGCUACUGCCCAGAUGCGGAUUGAAGACGACGAGAUUACACGAAUGGUUUCUCAGCGACCAGCAGGGGCAGCAGCGACAGGAGGUCGUACACCCCAAGGAACAACGGCUGGAGACACCAACCAUACAACCGCCAGAGUCAGGAAUGAACGGGUCGUUUAUCCCCCCAUCUCCGAGUAUGGCUUCAACGUCGACAUCGGAGGCGUGGUAAACGCCCUUCAAAGUCUAGGUGGUACCAUCAGAUGGCCUAAGAAGAGCGACAGACCAGACUCUACGAAGGACAUGAGCAGGUGGUGCGACUUCCACCGCGACAAUGGCCACACAACCGAGGAAUGCAUCUCCCUCAAAAAGGAGGUGGCGUAUCUAUUGAAAAGAGGCCACCUGAAGGACCUACUAAGCGACAAAGGAAAGGAGACGUACAACAAGGAUAGCAGCUCCCAACCCAACCCAGCACCAAGCGGCGACCGACCGGCCCCGCCCACGUUCGAAAAAGUGGUAAACGUUAUUUCUGGUGGUUCAGAUAUAUGUGGACUAACUUCUUCUGCAGCUAAAAAAAUCAACAGGGGCGAAUCUGAAGCCGUCAAAGAGGGGCAGACCGAAGACGAAGUAGCACUCGACAAGUCAUUAGCGGCGAUGAUAAUAACCUUCGACGACUCAGAUUCAACCGACACAAUACAGGAACAUCAUGACGGGCUAGUCAUAUCGCUCCCAAUAGGCAACGCUCUCAUCAAAAGGAUAUUGAUCGACAACGGCAGUUCAGCAAACGUAUUGUUCCUAGAGGCUCUGCAGGAAAUGGGACUAGACGAAAAGAGUAUAAUCAGAAGGUCGACAGUCCUAGUAGGAUUCAGUGGAGAAUCGCUACGAACAGUAGGAGAGAUAUCGCUGCCUACGUACGCAGAAGGUGUUAAUGUGAUGACCAAGUUCAACGUCGUCGACUGCCCAUCAGCAUACAACGUCAUUUUGGGACAACCAUGGAUCCACAAAAUGAAGGCGGUGCCGUCGACAUACCACCAGUCAAUCAAGUUCCCAACCAAAUGGGGAGUCAUGGAAAUCAAAGGACAACAAAGGGACGCAAAGAAAUGUUAUGAAACGGCGCUGAAACCAUCAUAG